AUGUUCAGGCUUCUGAGAAGGGUUUUGGGCUUCUUCCGGAAGUGGGAAGACCCCGCCGAGGAACAGUGCGUGCAGCAGCCGGAGCUCCCACAAGAUGAUACCAAAUCGAAAGAUUAUGGCUUGAUUGAUGAGUUGAUCUACUUCAGUUGUGAUGUUGUGGCUGCCAAUGUGCCUCUGAAGGAUGGACAAAAAGUGGAUGCUACGUCUGAUAAUUUUGGUGGCACUGGACCAUCAGACUCCAAAAUCAGAGUUUUAAUUGGCUGUGUUACCUGUAUAAGGAAAGGUGUUGUCUACAUCAAUAGAAAACUUUACUUCCCUCUGAAGGUUGUUUCUGAAGGUUUUGUGCCUUAUGAAGGUGACUGGUUAGAAGUUGAGCAUGUCAUACAGCCAGGCACCUCAAACAACAUGGGCUCAGUGAAGCCUAUGUACUGUAAGCAUGUGGAUGAGGUUUGCAUUACUAACCUCCAUGGAAGACAUGCGAUGAUAGAUGAUACUAUCUUUUUCACUUUGGAUUCUCUGAAACUUCCUGAUGGAUACGUACCUCAAAGAUAUGAUGUCAAUGUGGUUAUGGUGGGGAGCAUGCAGCCGUGCUGUAUCUGGAGAGCAGUUUCUAUCACCCUUGUGCAAAGGUUGUAG